UUACAUCAGACGGACCCUAGAAUUUGCGAGUUCGUAAUCUAACAUCGUCUACGCGAACUCUGAUUCUGAGUAUUCGAAAUAAUUAGAAAUGGCGGACGAGGCCAACAGAAUUGCUUUCUUGGAAAUUCAAGGUCGCAUGAUCGAGGUGACUGGAAAGCUGAAGCAGGUGCAGACCCAGAUACGAAACAAGGAGGGUGAAAAGAAGCGUGCUUUCUUAACCUUGGAGGAACUUCGACAGUUGUCUGAAGACACUAAUGCUUACAAAUCUAUAGGGAGAACGUUUGUUCUAGAGCCAAAGUCAGUUUUAAUGAAUGAACAGGAGCAGAAGCUAAAGGAUAGUGAAGCUGCAAUCGCCUCACUGCAGACAUCAAAGGAGUAUUUAGAGAAGCAAAUGGCGGAGGUGGAGAACAACUUGAGGGAGCUGUUGCAACAAGAUCCAGGUAUUGCUCGCCAGAUAAUGUCCAUGUCUGUAGCAUAAGAAUAUCUUCUACUGGUUUGGUUUUGUGAAUUCUGAUUCUGGCUUUAAACUUUGUUUGAUAUGUAAUACAUACUCCCAACUCCACCCAAUAGGUUUUAAAUGUGUAUUGUGACUUUUAUAUAUGGGUUUGCAUUGCACUUACGGUUUUUCAAACGGUCUAUUUUGGUCAAACA